AUGGCGGCUGAGCGACAACACUCGACUUGGAGAGCCGGAAUCUCCGACCCGAUGGAUGGAAUUCGGAGACGCUUCGAUUUCUCGACACCCGCAGAAGCCUCAGGGAGUGGUGCAAGAAAUUCCUCGGUUCUUCGUCCCCUCGACGAACGUACUCCCGCAGCAACCCGAAUCAACAUGACCGAGCCGCCUCCACUACGCUGGAACUCCAGGCGACGAGCCGGUGAGGAAGAGGACGAUUGGAUUGACGUAGACACCCAGCAGAACGACGAAACCACGAAUCCUCAACAAACUGGCUCGGCUCGCCGAAUUAGUCGAGAAGAACUCGCCUCGGCACUAAACGGCAUCCGGACUGACAAAAUCUCCGAUCCGACCCGCGGCGAUAAUCCAACCGAGGUGGAAGAAAACAUCCAAUGGAUCGAGCAGGCAGAAAGCGAAGAUGAGCCGAGACGAGAGGAGCGAGAGCGACCCCCCCAAUCAAAGGGAAUGACUCACGCACAAACUCUCGAGCUCAAAGAGCUGCGAGCCUCGAUGGCUCGGACAGUGGCUGAAAUACGCGCCAUGAAAUCUCAAGUGCACAACGCGACGAGCGCCGCGCUCGAAAUCGACCGAAUGCUUGAAGAAACUCAAAGAAUCCCGUUCACUGCAAGAAUCACGGAGGCCAGGAUUCCCGAACCGGGGAAGGUGAGAAUCCCGUUCUACGAAGGAACAACCGACCCGAAAGCACACAUCACCGCAUUUCGGAUAGAAAUGGGACGAGCCUUCACAAAGAACGCCGCUAAACUCACCGAGCGCGAAGUGGAUGCCGGAUACUACCUGCUCUUCGUGAAACAUCUCAAAGGACCCUCGCUCGAAUGGUUUUCGAGGCAGGAGCGCAAUUCGAUCGGCGGUUUUCAACAGCUCUCCGCUUUGUUCCUCAAACAAUACUCGAUGUUUAUGGACAAAGGAACGUCUGAUGCCGACCUGUGGACACUAUCCCAAGGACCGAACGAGCCGCUUCGAGAUUACAUGGCAAGUCUGAGUUCCGACGGGAGAUGGCUCUCAACACGCCGCAAACAAUUCAAGACGCUAGCUUUGCACCGAUCAUCAGACUUCGUCGUGAACGAAGAGGAGAUGAAAAGCUUAGACGAGCAGUAUGAAGCAACGAAAGCAGCAAUCCGAAGCUCAAUUUUGCCGCGCCCCACGAAGAAGGGCAACCCAUCAAACAAUACAACAACUUCAAGCUCGGAUGAACCUAGAAGCGGAGGAGCCCAUAACUACCAGGUGGGCGUCGGACGCGGAAGAGGAGAGCCGCGCAACAACACUUGGGUGAGAAAGUCCGCCAACUACGACGAGAAGGCUUUCUGCGAGUAUCACCAGACCUACGGGCAUCCAACGGCUCAAUGCCGAAUUUUAGGAGCAAAGCUCUCAGCAAAGAUGGCAGCGAGAGAGCUCCAAAACGCGGUCAGCAUCAAAGACCUCGUCCCUAACGAACAACAAGAGAGAGCCGAGCCGAGCGGCGCGGAACCCGCGAAUCCUCCCCGACGAGGCGAUAACCCCAAGCGUGACAGGAGAGGGGAACCUGAAGAGCGACCCGAGCCGAGGCAGAGGAUCAAUAUGAUCAUGGGUGGAUCCCAAUACUACCAAGAUACCGUAUCCUCCAUCAAAGCCUAUCAGCACCGAGCCGAAGCGAAGGAGAAUUGGACAGAACCAACCGACAUCCCAAACACAGUGAUCUCCUUCGCCGAGGAGGAAACGGCAGGAAUCGAUCGACCUCAUAACGAUCCGUUGGUGAUUGAGUUAACGAUCAGGGAUCAUGACGUAGCAAGGGUGCUCAUCGAUACUGCAAGCUCGGUGAACGUCAUCUUCAAGGAAACACUCAGAAGAAUGGGAAUCGACCUCUCCGAGGUCGAAGCAAUCCCCAAACCUCUAACCGGAUUUUCAGGAGAAACGACGAUGACUAUGGGAACGAUUAGGCUUCCUGUGGUAGCUGGCGGAGUCACUAAGAUCAUCGAAUUCUGCGUCACCGAUCACCCAGCAAUAUACAAUGUGAUCAUGGGAACUCCAUGGAUCAACGGGAUGAGGGCGGUACCCUCUACCUAUCAUCUCUGCCUCAAAUUCCCAACCCCAGCAGGUGUUAAAACGAUCUGGGGGAGUCAGAAGGAGUCACGAAUGUGUUGCCUAGCCGAGCAUAAGCUAAGGAACCCCGUCACCGACGCACGAGCAGACAUCGACCGCAAAAAGAUGAAGACAGACCGAGAGCCCGCGAACAAGCUCUCGAAACUCUUAUAG